GCAUUACUUUCUCUUUCUUCCUCUUUUCUUCUCCCCCUGCAUUUAUCUUUUUGACCUUUUUCUGGGCGUUACUUCCCAUAAUGGGCACUUUCUGUACUAUAAAUUGGAGGGUGAUGGAGUGGUUUCUUCACACCAAAGUGAAGAUCUCAGGCAUUCUCAACAAUGGCGACCCUCAUUACCCCGCAGCACUCUUCCCCAGUCGAAGAUGCCGAUGCUCUCCACAAGGCUUGUGAAGGAUGGGGGACCGAUGAGAAGGCCGUAAUUUCAAUACUUGGGCACAGGAAUGCAACUCAGAGGAAGCUGAUUAGGCAUGCUUAUGAGGAUCGGUAUCAGGAGGAUCUCAUCCACCGUCUGGAGAAAGAACUCAAGGGUGACUUGGAGAAAGCCAUGUACCGAUGGAUAUUGGAUCCAGCAGAACGAGAUGCUGUACUAGCUAAUGUAGCAAUAACAAAAUCGGUUGAUUAUCAUGUGAUCGUUGAAAUUGCAUGUGUCUAUUGUCCUGAAGAGCUCUUGGCAGUGAGACGAGCCUAUCAGAGCCGCUACAAGCGUUCCUUGGAGGAAGAUGUGGCUUCCCAUACCACCGGUGCUAUUCGCAAGCUCUUGGUUAACUUAGUGAGUGCAUAUCGAUAUGAUGGAAACGAGAUAAAUACAAGACUGGCAAAGUCAGAAGCUGAGAUUCUUCAUGGGGCUAUCAAAGAGAAAGACUAUUACCAUGAAGAGAUUGUUAGAGUCCUCAGCACAAGGAGCAAACUGCAGGUCACUGCAACUCUAAACCACUACAGAGAGGCCUAUGGCAUUACCAUCAAUAAGGAUCUGGCAGGCAAUCCAUCUGAUAAGUACUUAGAGGCAUUGCGCACAGCCACUCGAUGUAUCAAUGAUCCAAAGAAAUACUACGAGAAGGUGUUGCGCACUGCACUCAACAAGAGCGGAAACGAUGAUGAUGCACUGACCCGAGUGAUCGUCACAAGAGCAGAGAGAGACUUGAGGGAGAUCAAGGAGCUGUAUUUCAAGAGAAACACUGUUGCUCUUGAGCAGGCUGUGGCCAAGGAGACUUCAGGGGAUUACAAAGCCUUCCUCCUCACUCUGCUAGGCAAGGAAGAUUAAUAGAAACUAUGCCCCAUCCCUAUUACUAUGCUUCCCUGUUUUCAUGUUAUAAAUGGCUAUGCACUUGGAACCUCGAGUUGUUUUCAAUCCUAUUUCCAGUUGUCUUCUCUCAAA